CUCCCCUUCUCUUUGGCUGCCUCCGCAUGCUCCCUCCCGCUCGCUUUGCCGCCCGGGUAGGAAGGCAGGGAUGCAGAUAGGACAGGCAGCCCUGGGCUCCCUCCCAGCCUCGGGCUUUCUGGGCUGGGAUCCCCUGGGCUGCAUCAUUGGCAUGCGGCGCCUGGCAGGACUGCAUCACCGCUAGAGGAGAUGCCAGCGCAGAGCCGCGCUGCGCCGCAUGCAGCCAGCAGCGCCGCCGGCAGCUCGGGGAGCCCAAGUACCUGGAUGCGGUUGCAGCGGGAUGAUUGGCUUGGCUUGCAGAGCAUUUACUUCUAAUCUCCGGCUUGUGACAUCCUAGCAGAAAGGGGAGACCCUUUCAGGAGCAGCUCCAUAGGCUGGGAAGAAGGGAAAUGGCUGGUGCAUGGCUGUGGUGAAAUAUUUCCUAGUUCUGGACAUGACCUUCACCACCACAAUGAAUCAGGAAAAACCUGUCAAAUCCUCCUAGCUCCCAGCCUGUGCAAUUUGCUGUUCCUUGCUGUUCACUAGACAGCAGCUCUUCCCACCCAAAGCACAGAAGAAGCCAGCAAGUUACAAAUGACAGCUAAAAAGUGAAGCAUUAUCAAAAGCUGUGUGAGACUCUGUCAAAGAGAAACUUUACAUAGUAAUUCUCCUGAGCCUGGGAAGCUGUCUAUCCCAUCAGUUCCAAAGAGCAGAGAGAAGAUAUGUUCAAAUAACCAAUAUCAGGAAUUGCUCAAAUCAAUACAUAUAUUAGAGUAUCUACACACAGUGUUCUACAGCACUUAGAAAUCUCCAUUCAGAAUGGAUGAAGGGUAUAGAAACAGAAACCUCUAUCAAAGGAGCAGGGAUUCAAACCAAGCCUCAGAUGACUACAGGUACCAGGAUGGUAACUACGAAGGGUAUGCACCCGAUGACGGCUAUUACCGUGGUGGGGAUGAACCUGCUCAUGAAGAAGAUGCCCAGAGUGAUGUUACAGAAGGCCAUGAUGAAGAUGAUGAGGUCUAUGAGGGGGAGUACCAAGGGAUCCCACACCCAGAUGACAUUAAAGAAAAGCAGAAGAAGCGAGCUCCUGCCAUGGCUGAUGAGUACAGAGACCGCGCUGACCUUAUGGCAGAGAGGAUGGAGGACGAGGAGCAACUUGCCCACCAGUAUGAGAACAUCAUUGAGGAGUGUGGCCACGGACGCUUCCAGUGGACUCUUUUCUUUGUUUUAGGGUUGGCGCUGAUGGCAGAUGGGGUGGAGGUGUUUGUGGUUGGAUUUGUUCUUCCCAGUGCUGAGAAAGAUAUGUGCUUAACCAGUUCGAACAAAGGGAUGCUAGGUUUGAUAGUCUACUUAGGAAUGAUGGUGGGGGCUGUCAUGUUGGGUGGCCUUGCUGACAAACUGGGAAGAAAGAAAUGCCUCAUCAUAUCACUUGCAAUCAAUGCUGCCUUUGCGUUCCUCUCCUCCUUCGUCCAGGGAUAUGGAUUCUUCCUCUUCUGCCGCCUUAUCUCGGGCCUCGGUAUUGGGGGUACCCUCCCCAUCGUGUUUGCCUAUUUCUCUGAAUUCCUAUCUCGUGAGAAGAGGGGGGAACACCUGAGCUGGCUUUGCAUGUUCUGGAUGAUUGGUGGCAUUUUUGCUUCAGCAAUGGCUUGGAGCAUCAUCCCACAUUACGGCUGGGGGUUCAGUAUGGGAACCAAGUACCAUUUCCACAGCUGGAGAGUCUUUGUGCUUGUCUGCGCUCUGCCCUGUAUUGCCUCCCUGGUGGCACUCAAAUUCAUGCCUGAAAGCCCGCGGUUUUUGCUGGAGAUAGGUAAACAUGAUGAAGCCUGGAUGAUCCUCAAGCAAGUUCAUGACACCAACAUGAGGGCCAAGGGUGAGCCAGAGAGGGUGUUUACGGUUUCCUAUAUCAAAACUCCAAAACAAGUGGAUGAAUUUAUUGAAAUCCAAAGCUCAACAGGGACCUGGUACCAGCGGUGGAUGGUCAGAAUCUCAACUACUUUUAAACAGGUCUGGGACAACGUGCUAUAUUGUUUAACAGCCCAGUACAGGAUGAACACACUGAUGCUGGCUGUGGUUUGGUUUACAAUGGCCUUAAGUUACUAUGGCCUUAUUGUCUGGUUCCCUGAUAUGAUCCGGUAUUUCCAAGAAGAGGCAUAUGAAUCCCGAGUGAAGGUCUUUGAUGAAGAAGAAGUAUCACACUUCACCUUUAAUUUCACCCUGGAAAACCAGAUCCAUAGAAACGGGGAAUACAGAAAUGAUAAAUUUAUUGGUAUGAAAUUCAAGGAAGUGAGAUUUGAGCAUUCAUUAUUUGAGGACUGCUACUUUGAAGAUGUGACAUCCAGCGAGACCUUCUUUGAAAAUUGCACCAUCAUUUCUACUGUCUUUUAUAAUACUGAUCUCUAUGAACAUAAAUUCAUCAACUGUAGGCUCAUAAACAGCACGUUUAUGAAGGAGAAGGAAGGCUGCCACCUGGACUUUGAGGAGGACAACGAUUUCCUGAUCUACCUGGUCAGCUUCCUGGGCAGCCUGUCUGUGCUGCCAGGCAACAUCAUCUCUGCAUUACUCAUGGACAAAAUAGGGAGGAUAAAGAUGAUUGGUGGCUCAAUGUUGAUCUCAGCAGUGUGCUGCUUCUUCCUCUUCUUCGGCAACAGCGAGUCGGCAAUGAUCGGCUGGCAGUGCCUCUUCUGCGGGGCCAGCAUUGCUGCCUGGAAUGCACUGGAUGUGAUCACCGUGGAGCUCUACCCCACUGACAAAAGGGCAACAGCCUUUGGCAUCCUCAAUGGUCUUUGCAAGUUUGGUGCCAUCCUGGGGAACUCAAUCUUUGCCUCCUUUGUAGGGAUAACCAAGGUGGUUCCCAUCCUUCUGGCUUCCUCCGCUCUGGUUGGAGGUGGUCUGCUCGCUUUGCGCCUGCCAGAGACUCGAGAACAGGUCCUGAUGUGAGCAACUGAGGCCAAGGGGGUUGGGGGCGGGGGGGCAGAUGUAGAAGAAGAACAAAAAAGUGACGUGUUUGGGAAAAUCAAAAUGUCCAUUUCUACACUGUUCUGUCGAUACCUCAAAGAAGAUGGCAGAAGCAAAGAAGAGCCCAAACGGAUACAAACACCCCCCUCCUAAAACACCAUUUAACAGUCACAACUGGUGCAUGCAGCUACUACACACCCCUUGCAGAGCUUGGGUUUAACCUUGCCUGUGCUGGGAGUCUGCCCUUUCUCUCUCCAUCGCAGUGUAACAACAUGAGAACAGCAGUUAUGUGCAUGUGUGCACCUGCAUGGGUGUGAGCGUGUCCUACAGGAGAACAGAUCCUGACCCCCCCAUGCCUUUGCCGAACUGUGAGAUGCUGCCCGCCUUGCCCAGCGCUCCUUGGCAACUCAUAUCAGCUGUGCUCAGACACGAAGGGCAUCCGGAGUGGAGGCAAGUGACAGAUCUACUGUAGGUGAGCUCCAGCAAUAGGGACCGGACCUACUGACAUGGCUGGUGACCCUAGCUGUCUUGAUUUGGGGGUUACCAACUAAACCACCUGGAAGAGUGAGAGAAUCCUGAUUUCUGGAGGAUAUGAGGGUGGAUGCUUGGCUCUCUCAGAAGACUCAGGGUUUCAAAGCCCUUUAUUGUCUUUACUUGGGCAUAGAGAAUCACUGUGGUCUGGGAGAGGAAUAUAUACAUAGUUUUAUAUAUAUAUGUGUUUACACAUACUUGCAAAUGUACACACACACUGAAGUCAUCAGCUAUUGAAAUUUAUAAUUUUUAAUCUCUGCACCCUUAAGGAGAUCUUAAGAGAGACACUAGAAAUGAAUCCCAAUAACUCAAGAUUAUCUGGAGUCAUAACCAACUUAGUGACACUUCAUUCUUUAUAUCCAGACACCAAAUAUUUAAAUGUAUUGAUGGCUGGGAAUAUAUAUUUCUAUGAUGAUUAAGAGGAGUUUUUUCCUACUGCUUUCACAGAGGAGAAAUUGAUAUGAUGUUGGAGCAUUCCACAAACCAAAUGUGUAUAUAUUAUCCGGUGUAAAUAGGGGACUUUUUGUCAAAUACCUAGAGUAUGGUAACUGUGAAUUUACCAGCAUUUUAGCCAUAUUAUUUAAAGAAUAAGAUGCUUGAUUUUCUUAUAUACUUGGGUCUCAUUGAAACACUGUAAGCACAGUUACUUAAAGCCAUUUAACUUGUUACACAGGGAAUGCACGCAGCAAGCUUUCACUAUACAGAACAUUAAAUUCUCCAUUAAGUGGCCCAUUUAAGUUUGAUAUCCUGUAAAGACCAUUUUUGAAAUUUACGCCCUUUGAAUCAUACAACCUAGGUCCUAUUGCAUCUAAAAGCAACAUGAGUUGUGUAGUUUGGGCUGUAUUUUCUUGGGAGGCAAGAAUGAAAUGCAUACUACUAAAUAAUACACCAGUGUUCACAAUUGACGAGAUAAUGAUAAUUAAACCCUUUCAACAAGCUCAACAACAGACCACAAUUGAUCAGAAACUGUCAUGUAAUGCAGGAAAUUUGUCUCACCAGGAUAUUUUGUGACAUAAAAAGUUCUUUGUACUUUUGCUAUUGAUCUUCCGAUUUACCUUUCUUUGGAUCCAUUCUUUUCCUCUUUUUUUCCACUUUUCUUUCAGAAAAACAAGCAAGGCUAGGCUGAAAUCCAGCAGGUCUGAAGUCUAACACCUUUGCCUUCAGCUGUACAGACAAAUACAUUAGCAGCCAACACCAGGGCCAGCCCCACACAAUAGUGGGAGUCAGCGUUGGUGCUGCUGCAGGGGACAGCUGAAGGACACAGAGCGUGGUUAGAUCACAGGAAGCAAAUGCUUUGCCGAUGAGGCAAAACCCUCUAAUGAGCAUCACUUUUAUCAUUGUGUCAGUCAGGGAUAAACACUUAUGGAGCAACUAGGCUACAAUGGGCUAUUUGGGAUUUUUGAGAUUUAUUCUGAGGCUUAUGAAAUUGAUAAAAUCACAAGCUGCUGUAAUAACCAAGCUCAUUAUGCCUCAUUUCUUCAUUUUAUGGGUAGCUUAAGGCCUUUUCUGAUUUGUCUUCAAAACAGCAAGGUUUCUUCUCUAAGGUAGGAGUGAAUGUAAUUAUGUCCUUUGGCAGCAGUUCACAGCUUCUGUUGAGAAUCACAGCCCAGAAUGUGGUUUGGGUUUUUUUUCUUCUCUAAGAAUGUCUGGUCCCUUUGCAUGGUGAGAAGCAGCUAAAUAUGUAUUUCAACACAAAAGAUCACCAUGGUCUUAAAGUUUCAUCCAUUUUGUUGGGCUCUGCAUACCAAUUACCACACUCCAAUGUUUCAUUUUCUGGACUAUUCUGUUGUGCUGCUCUAUGGAGCCAAGAAGCACUCUUAUUUACAUAUCACUUGAUGCUCUGACAGCAAAAAUGACCCUUUGUGUUUUCCACUCACAUUGUACAGUGACAGUAAUGACAUCAUUUGUUUUGCAAAACUUCUCUGUUAAUUUUCAGAGAAGGAAGGUAUUGAGGUCUUGAGGAGAUAGAAAUGGCAAGGUGAUAUUAGGAAAUAUCCAAUCUUAGAAACCUUUCUUCUUUACAGAAUGGCUUUGUCACCUUUCACCUUUACAGAAUGGCUGCUAAACCUCACCUUCGAGACAUUAGCUGGGACAGGGUAAAGAGCAAUAGGACCUUGUUGUCAAUGUCACACAAACUACCCAUGUGGCUGUAGAAACUCUUUGCACCCCUAAAGCCCAUGGGUCAGUCAUUUGAGGGCUAGGGGACACUGCAGGUGUGUUGUGACAAGGUUCCUGUCCCUGACUUGACAGGGGAGUUCAUGACCUAAUAGGAAAGGGUGACACUGAACAGAGAAGGAAGAAAGGAAAAACUAAGGAGAAACAAUAUAGCCCAGCUUUAGACACCUAUGAGUUAGAUGUCGGGAUCUGAACUCAUUGCCCUGAGUUCCCAUUAUUCUUAGCUGAAAGGCAUAGGCAAUAUAUGUGGCCAUGCUCAGGUACCUUACUGAGAAGAUGGCUUGCCCUGGAUAGCCCUACUCCUUUCCUGUAACAGAGAAAUCCAGGGCAACAGCUCCAGCUCAGUCAUCUACCUUUUUGAUACCUGGACUAACAUCUCCCAUCCAACUUCAGUGUGAACAAGGCUUAGUCAAUAUUUCUAAUGUGUUUGUUUAUUGUCCUUGUCAUGGUGUAAAUCGGUGUAAGCUUCACACUGCUGCUCUUCAGGCAAAAUGGUUGACAGGUGCAGUCCCCUCAGCAUUGGCUGUGUUCUGAUUUGCACCUCAGCUUCAAGCCAUGAGCCCGAGCCACUGAACCCUGGAGCAUCAUGCAGGGGGAGAUUUCUCUCAGGCUCCUCCUCUGAUGGCUCAGCUUUAUUUCUACUGCAAAAUCAGCAUUAUACCUGCAGCGCAAGGGACCAGCAUGCCUGCUCCAUUGGUUACUCCUGCCUAUCUUUGCCACAGUGAACAGUCUCCUUGUCUUGGAUGCACUGGACCAUCCACAGAGAAAACUGCUGACCACAGGUCCACUGAUGAUCUCUGCAGAACACUAUUUCCUUGGAUUCAUGAACUUUACUGCAACAGGGGCACAGAGGACCAAGACAGGGGACUUGCCUUAAAUCCCAAAGACAUCUUCUAGAAGACAGCUGGACCUCUUCAUGCAUGCAUGGCGCACCAGUACAGUCAUGCAGCCAGGGACUUUGCAGCAUGGGAAAGUUGGGUUUAGGGAACCCGGACUGGCCUGCUGUGAUUUAGGGGUACAGCAGUGUAACAGGGUCACAGGAGGAGUUCAUUACUGAGUUUCUGAGCAUGCAGAAACAGACAUUUAGAGGAACACAGAGCAUUGUUAAUAUUAUUAUAAGACACUAGUGGUAUUACAAUAAGAGUUCUGCCUCCUUAUAUUCCCAGUUGAUUUAACUGGUUGCUGUAUACGUAUUCUUUUAAUUCAGUUGUGCAGGGCAACUCCCACCACUGUCUUUGGCUCUGCUAUGUUCUACAGGUGGUGGCUGCAGCUUGUGCUGGGUGGGGUGAUCCCCUCUUUGCCCGUAUGAUCCUUAUCCCCUUGGAAUGCUCUGUGACUUAUAAACAGCGCUGUACAGAUCUUUUGUACUAAGAGUCACUCUUGGAAAACCCAUAUUCAGAUCCAGAUGUUCAGCACAUCAGGCAGCCUGAUGCCCUUCGGUGAUACCGGAGAUAUUUCCUGAGCCUGGAAUUCCCUGGUCCAGCCCCAAGACUGAGUUCACACAGGGGCACAGAGUGAGGCUGCAUGGAGCUGAGCUUUCUGCAGAUGUGCAGGUCUCCUCCAGGUCCUGCUUUGAGACCUCCAACAACAGAGUACACUCUGAUACUGUUAAGGAGGCCCUAGGUCCAUUUAUGUUCCCUGCUCAUGUCCUUUGACUUUCCAAAGGACAUAUGAACCUGACAGUAUAUUUUUAGGUUUAUUAAGGUUUGAGCCCCAUCCAUUGUAUUUCCACCAAGUUUCUCCCUCAGUUUCUUACCCUCGUAUUAGCAAACACUGCUUUUAAGAAGAAUCAAAUCUGGGAACUGUGAAGGAAACAAACUGAAAGAAAUUUCUUUGCUCUAUGUGGUGUUAGUGCUCUAUAAAGGUACACACACACUGCAAGUUCCACUGUAAAUAACACCCAGUUAUUGAACUGCAUUUAAUGAACUGUUUCAUUUAGAUGUUCUGUCGACUCUGUGUGUGUGAAAUAGACAAUUCCGGUCCCUUUGUUCCUUUUCAUCAAUUGAAACCUUUCUUCUUUUAUGUUGGUUUUUUUUUUUUUUUUAUUUGAUCUGUGUCUGGUUGUCACUGGAAAUUGCAGCUGUUCCAAUGGACUUUGGUUUUGUUCUCCCUGUCACAUUAAAAAGCUGGAAAUAAAAGAAUGACUCUU